AUGAUCUCCAUGGCAACGACGUCACGUGUUGAUGACGUCAGCGCAACUAAUGAGAUGCUGAACCCUGGUGGUGCCUGUCCUGACGCUCGAGAGGAGGAGAGGCCAGCCCCUUACACACCUGAAUCGUAAGUUCUUUUUUGAUUGAUGUUCUUAUUUAAACUAAGUUUGUUUCAUUUGUUGUAUGUUUGCUGUCCUGAUGAAAGCUAAAACGUCGACCUUUGGAGUAAAGAACUUUUUCUUUUUUACAAAACCUGGGAGUGCUGAUUAUUUCGGUUAUAUAUAUAUAUAUAUAUAUAUAUAUAUAUAUACAUAUAUAUGGGAAGGCGGAGCCUGGAGUUGUGGGAGGGGAUUACCCUGCCUAUAUAAACUAAAGUGAUUGGUCACUUUCCGUUCCGGUUUCACCAGAACAGUCUCCCUCGUGGUUCUACCAGGCAGCCAGGAUACUAUCCAGGAAUCCAGCAGACCCUCGUUCCACAGAACACCGACGCCAGUGUUCGCUCCGACACGGUUGCGCACAACGCCGCUAAGCUCCCAGGGCACCUUGCUGAACUUCAGGGUCAGCUGACGAGCACCCGGAAAAAGUAA